CUAACGCAAGAAAACACAUCCCUCUUUCCCCAUCCCUUGUGCUCACGUGGCAAGUUUCUGUUGCUUUUGCUUCCCUGUGGCCUUUAAAAGGCCACCCUCUUUCCCUUCCCCCCAACGGAGAAAAGGUCAGUUGGGGUUCUGCGUUUGAGAAUGGCAUUAGAAGCUGUAGUUUUUCCACAAGACACCUUUGGUUAUUAUACUUGCAAGGAGUGGUAUGCCAUGGGAGGGGGAGCAUGGGGCUACGACUUUGCGGGGGUUGGGGAGGAGGAGGAGGAGGAGAAGGGGGAGGUGUUAGAAUGUGAGUCGGGUGGUAAGGGUGGUGGGAGUUGGGAUCCCACUUGCUCUUCCUUGGUGCAAAACCUCAAGGAAUGGGAUGCAAAUCCCUCGUUGCAGAAGGCUUGUGAGGGGACAGCAUUGGAGGGGGAGGCAGCGGCGGCAGGGCGGAGGAAGAGACGGCGUGCGAAGAGCGUCAAGAACAAGGAGGAGGUGGAGAGCCAGAGGAUGAUCCACAUUGCGGUGGAGCGGAACCGCCGGAAGCAAAUGAACGAGUACCUCGCCGUGCUUCGGUCCCUCAUGCCACCUUCCUAUGUUCAAAGGGGUGAUCAAGCAUCUAUCAUAGGGGGUGCAAUAAACUAUGUGAAGGAGCUCGAGCAGCUCCUCCAGUCCCUUGAGGUUCAGAAGAGGCUCAAGCAACGAUCUGAUGCAACCGAGCUCGCUCCUCCAUUUGCCGGCUUCUUCACUUUCCCCCAAUACUCAUCAUGCUCUUCUGGUAGCAGCCACAGCAGCAGCAGCAGCAGCAGCAGCAGCAUUGCUAACGAAGCAGCAGCUAAGAACCGCUCUGCCAUGGCGGACAUCGAGGUGACAAUGGUGGAGAGCCAUGCCAAUCUUAAGGUGCUCUCCAGGCGGCGGCCAAAUCAGCUGCUCAAGAUGGUGGUGGGUUUGCAGAAUACCGGCCUCACCACACUGCAUCUCAAUGUGACAACCGUCGAUCAGCUGGUCCUGUACUCCUUGAGCCUCAAGGUGGAAGAUGAUUGUCAAUUCACUUCAGUGGAUGAGAUUGCAACUGCAGUGUAUCAAAUGCUAGGGAGGAUCCAAGAGGAGGCUAAUUUCAACUGAAAAAAAAAAAAAAAUCACCUUCUCAGUGUAACCAUAUCAUUUUGGGAUCUAAUCAUCUGAUUUGUUGAAA